AUGUCUUUCUCAAAAGCUGGAGAACUGUGGGCAGAACUUGUGAAUAAUAGAGGUUUUGAAGCAGAAACUUCUAUUAAUGGGACCUCAAAUAUUUAUCCAUGGAUAAUUAUUGGAGAAAAUCAACCAUCCAUUAUUAUAUCAAUGGAGAGUUCUUCUUGUUUUGAGCCUAAUAAAAUUGUAUUACAUAUGGAUGUUUUUUGUCAUAAAAAAUUUUGUCCACGUGGUGGUGUUGUUUCAUUUGUUGGAUAUGAUAAUGGUAUCAAAUUAGCUUCAAUCAAAAUAAGAUCUUCUAGAGUUAAUGUUACAAAGUGGAGUAAAAUGAAAACAAUUCUUGAAGCCAAAAGUACUAAUCACAAUUCAAAUCUACAAAUAACAACAACCAAAACAGGAGUAUUAUGGUUAGAUCAAAUCUCAGCCAUGCCUUUAGAUACAUAUAAGGGUCAUGUAAUUCAGGAUCUUGGUGCAUAUCCAAUAUGGGUGUUUAAUAAUGGUAUUAGUCAUCAUGAUGAAAUUUAUACAUCUGCAAUUUCACCAUUUGUACAAGAAGCCCUAGAUGGUAUUGAGUUUGCUAUAGGGUCUGUUGAAUCAAAAUGGGGUUCUCUUAGAGCUUCCAUGGGACAUCCAAAGCCAUUUGAUUUGAGAUAUGUUGGAAUUGGAAAUGAAGAUUGUGGUAAAUAUAACUAUUAA